AUCGUCGGCCAUAUUUGUUGCAUUUGACGUUUUAUUAAUUUUCGGUCGUCGUCGUUCUUGCGUGUAAUUUGCAUUAUCCAUUCUUGUGAGUAAUAGCAGUGCUGUUAAGUUAUUUUAAUCGUUAUAUUUCAUCCGUGUAACUAUGGCGAACCGUAGACCUCAAAGUAACAGCGGGCGUCGCAUGGACUUCCAACGCAAUGAUCGCGGGAAGAACUUUGGGCGUAGCGGCGUCUCGCCAUGGCAGGGCGGCGGCCCCGGCGGUGGCUUGCCUAACCUGCUGCCUCUCUCGGGGGGCUCCACGGAAGCUACACUCGCGCUCGCUAGCAACAUUAUCAACCUGCUGCAGCCGCGGCAGAACCCUGUCCCCUCGCUCCUCGACAUGCCUAUAAGACGGGACUUCGGUCCCAAUAUGGGUCGGUAUGACCGCGGUUAUGGUCCCAACAGGAUGGGCAAUCAAGGUAAUUUCCGGCGUACGGGAACUUACAAUCGCUCCGGUGAGCGUGUCAACAACAAUCGUAAACCGUAUAGGCCCAAUGAUGGGCAAAGGCAACAAAACAAGAGUUCCCCGAAAAAGGAGGCCGAUUCAAAGGCUAAACCUGUAAAGGAGAGCAAAGCUUCACGUACUGAGACGGAAGAGAACAACGAUGCUGACUCUACCGAUCAGAAGGAUAAGGAAAAGGGUGAGGACACGAAGAAGGAGACGCCUAAGACCCGGUAUGAUGACAUCAACCCUCAGUUGCUGAAGUGUCAUAUAUGUAACAAGAGCAUGUGGGAUGGGAGGUCGUUUGAGAACCAUCUCAGCGGUCGAGCCCAUGCUAUCAUGAUGACGAAGACUGCGGAGAGCUACGCCCUCACUGCUGAUACUAUGAGGCAGGAGUUUAAGAUCCGCGAAAUGAAACGCACUCGCAAAGCCGGUCAGCAGCCAGCCCGAGACUUCUACUGCGCCAUGUGUGACAUGUACGCCGCCGAUGGGGCCAUACAUCGCACGACCGUCGGCCAUCGCAAACUCAAGAAGUACCUCCACCCAACCUGCACGUCCUGCCAUAAGGAGAUGCCCACCAGGAUCGAGUUGGAUGAGCAUCGGUUGACUGCGGAGCAUUUGAGGAAUAUGCAGGAUAAGCAGGAGAUCAUUACCAAGCCUAAGCCUGAAGUGAUGGUGAUCUCAACCCUGAACAUGGAACAGCUGUACUUACGCGAGGACAGGCAACGUCGUCGUCGCAACGAUGACAAGACUGACGAGAAGGAGCCCGAGGAUCAUGACGCUAAACAAGGAGACGGAGACAACCAGGUCAGUGAUGAUUGUGGAUAUAUUCAUUACUCUCUAGUGAUGGAACAGCUGUACUCACGCGAGGACAGGCAACGUCGUCGUCGCAAUGAUGACAAGACUGACGAGAAGGAGCCCGAGGAUCAUGACGCUAAACAAGGAGACGGAGACAACCAGGAGGGAGCAGAGAAGAAGGAAGAUGGAGAGUCCAAACCAGAGGGUGAGGAGAAGAAACUGCACUCUAUUGACCAUGAGAACACCAUACUGGACUACAAGGAGGGAGAUGACCUCACCGGAACUACCCAGGAUAUGUUCCCGGCUUACAGCACUGAACGCGGAGUCGGCGGUUCAUUCCUCUCCGAGUUCCGCUGCGUACAGUGCAGCCUGUGCCGCAAGCUGCUGGACAGCGAGGAGACGGCGCAGGUCCACCUCCGCACCUGGAGGCACCACCAGCUCUUCACCCGCCUGCUGGCCGAGAAGAGCGGCACACAACUGGGCGGUGACGGCAACAAGAGGGCGCAUAACUCUGAGGAUGCGAGUGAGGGAGACGCCAAGAGGCGCAAGACUGAUGACCAGGAACAGAACGGACAUGAUGAUGCUGAUGAGAAUGAUGUAAAAGAUGAGACUAUUGAGAACAAUGGCGAGGAAUCUAGAGAUGGCGACACUGACGCUCCCAUAGCUGAUGACCUUGAAAACUGGGAGCAGACUGUCGAUGAGAUACUCGAAGACGAACACGAUACCUCUGGAAAUCAAGAAACAGAACAACAACCAGAGCCAGUUCCCGAAAAAGUCCCAGUAGAGGAACCGGUGAAGCCUGUUGAGAUUGAGAAGCCCAAGACUCCACCAGCAGUUACCGCCGUCGCUGAGGAGAAGCCUCGAGGAUCCCCGCGCGGAAGAGGCCGUGGCCGGGGCAGAGGACGCGGAAGAUAUUAAUUUCCUUUGAGGAUAGUUAGCGCCAAUAAGUUUGCGUGUGUGAAGUUAGCUGUUUAAUUCAUCAGGUGUAAGCUAUACUCCAUUUGAGUCUAGUUACAGCCUUCUUAUCGUCACACUGCUGGGCUCAGACUUCCUCUCACAUGGAGAAGGAUUGAGCGUUUAAUCACUUUAAGUAAGCAGUAAAAAAUCUUGUCAGAUCUCUUUACACAAAUAAACUGCUUACUGCUUA